AUGGCAGCCCUCCCGCGCCGCACCACCUCCCUCACCCGCCUCACCAACGAGACCAAGGUCCAGGUCUCCCUCUCCCUCGACGGCGGCGUCCUCCUCCCCUUCGAGCCAUGCGAGCACUUCCCACAGAACUCUCCCGAAGAAGCGACGCAGAUAUUACCUUUACCUGGAUCUGCACACUCCACCCAGUUCACAUCCACCCAGCAAAUCACCAUCAACACCGGUAUCGGCUUCCUAGACCACCUCCUCCACGCCCUCGCCAAACAUGCCGGUUGGAGUUUAGCCGUCAGAUGCAAAGGCGACUUGAUCAUUGACGACCACCACACCACCGAAGACACCUUCCUCGCCCUAGGCACCGCUUUCACCCGCGCCCUGGGCCCGCGCGUCUCUCUCGUCCGCUUCGCACGCGGCGAUGCACCCCUCGACGAGGCCCUCUCCUGGGCCGUCAUCGACAUCUCCUCGCGACCCUACAGCGUCAUAAACCUUGGUCUACAGCGUGAGAAGAUCGGUGCCCUGAGUACAGAGAUGAUCCCCCAUGCGCUGGAGAGCUUUGCACAGACCGCUGGCGUGACGCUGCAUGUUGGCUGCAUGUAUGGGAGCAAUGAUCAUCAUCGGGCGGAGAGUGCAAUUAAGGCGGUUGCGGUGGCAAUUAGGGGAGCAACGACGAGGAGAGGGGCCGGUGAAGUCGGUGGCGGCGGGGAGGUGGUGAGUACGAAGGGUGUGCUGUGA